AUUUUUUUUUUCACAAAGGUGAAAUUUAUAUAAAGAUUGGUUGUUAAUUUGAUGAUAUUUAAUACAAUGAUUGUUCAUCUCAAAAAAUUUAUUCCAUCAUUCUGCAAACUGGAUAAUCUUGGAAAAGUACGAACAAAAUUUGUUAGAUAUAAUUCUUCACAAUCUUCACCCAGAAUCUUAGAACAACUGAAAAAUAAAAGCUUAUUACGGGUUAGAGGGAAUGAAGUUUUAAUUUUCUUACAAGGAUUGAUUACAAAUGAUAUGAAACAUUUUGAAGAAGGGGCAGCAAAUUUAUAUGCAUUAUUUCUAAAUACUAAGGGUAGAGUUAUGUAUGAUGUUAUUAUCUAUAGAAGUCAAGAAGAUAAUGUGUAUUAUAUUGAAUGUGACUCACAAGCUGCAGAACAAUUACAAAAACAUUUAAAAAUGUAUCGAGUUAGAAGGAAAAUAGAUAUAGAUCAUUUAGAAGAUAGUGUAAAUGUUUGGGCAUUCUUCGAUCCUAUUCAAUAUAUGAAUAAUAAACAUAUUAAUAAUAGGCAAAAGCUUGAAGGUUUAAUAUUUCCAUGUGGUACUCUUAAUAAUAAAGUAAGCAAAAUAGUUGAUAAUAUUAUGAUUUAUGAAGAUCCUAGAUUAUCUGAUUUAGGUAUCAGAAUUUUAGCAGCAUCAGAAAUUGAAAGACAUAAAAUAAUAAAACAUUUGAACUCAAAUGCAUUGGAUUCUGCUAAUCAUUUGAGUUACAAAGCAUUUCGUUAUAAACUUGGUGUUCCAGAAGGUAUUGAAGAUUUACCACCAGGAAAACCAUUACCAUUAGAAGUAAACUGUGAUUAUUUGCAUGGUGUUAGUUUUCAUAAAGGUUGUUACAUUGGUCAAGAACUUACAGCACGUACCUAUCAUACUGGUGUUGUAAGGAAACGUUUGAUGCCUCUAUUAUUUAAUGAAAUUCCUAAUAAAUCUUUUUCAUAUGAUGAAAAAAUUAUUAAUGAAACUGGUAAUGUAGUAGGUAAAUUUAGAGGAAUUGAAAAUCAGUAUGGAUUAGGUUUAAUGCGAAUCAAUGAUUCUCUGAAUGCCCAAUCACUUACUAUAUCAAAUAUUAAGUUAAAAGUAUCAAAACCUAUUUGGUGGCCACAAGAAUUGCAAAAGCAAAUUGUUUCCGUUAAUAAAACAGAAUGAAUAAUAUUAUUUUUUAAAUUAAAUAUGAAAUUGUAAUGUAUAAAUGUAAAAUAAAUAUAUUAUCAGAAAAAAUU